GGCAGCAAUCGAACACAGAUAUCCUGUUCCUUCCUCUUCCUCGUUCCCCUCCAUUAGACUUCUGGAUACUGAACGUGCUCUGCUGUAGCCAUGACGACCAUGCUGGUGAAAGCGCUCGGAGCACUGCUCUGCUCUUUGGUUGUCACCGCUGAGGUUAUGCCCCAAGGAGACUUCGAUCUACAAGGGAUGGCAGGAAAAUGGUACCUGAUUGGAUUUGCCACCAAUGCUCAGUGGUUCAUCAAUCACAGGGCCAGCAUGAAGAUGGGCACAGCCAUACUGACACCAACUGCUAAUGGAAACCUAGAGAUGUCAUAUGCUAGCUUAAACGCUGACGGGUCCUGCUGGAGAAUGAGCCACCUGGCCGAGAAGACCAACGUUCCUGGGAAAUUCAUCUUCAAGAGCGAGCGCUGGAAUAAUGAGAAUGACAUGCGUGUGGUUGAUGCCAGGUAUAAUGAGUACGCUCUUAUUCACACCAUCAAGACCAAAGGAGGGGUUUCAACAGUGCUCAAUAAACUGUAUGCCCGUGGGACUGACCUGGGCCCCGAUCUGCUGGAGAAAUUCAGACAGUUCUCCCUGGACACUGGCAUCCUGCCGGAGAACAUUGCUAUCCUCCCCAAAAAUGAUGAGUGUCCAGCUGCAUAAUCUCAUCCACGUUCAACACUUUCAAAGUAUGCUCCUAUGAUAGUCCAGUAUUGCUUUGCUACUUGAUGAGUAGACAGAAUGAGCCACUUUGAGCUGUUGUGACCACCUUAAAUGGUAGCUUUACUGCCUAAAGAAGCACAUUGUAUGUAUGUAGCAGGUUAGGCAUUUUUGUAAACUCUGUUUUUCUCAGAUUUGUUCCAGUAAAAUACUACCUGGUGCUUUUCCAGUUUUUCAGUCAGUCUACUAUUGAGAUGACUAGAAUGACAGGUCUUUAAUAAUGUAGUUCCUAAAACAGGAGUAAUCAGUUAGCUGCUUCAAAAAAAUUAAUUGAUCAAAUGUAACGUCAACUUAGCUCUUAACGCAGUCUUCAUGUAGCAUUAUUGUAUGGUGAAUGUUAUCCUGAACCUUAGUUAUUUGCUGAAAAUUACAUACAUUCUGAACACUUAUUAAAAAGGCUAACAUGCAGGUAAAA